AUGGUGCUACAGAAAGCCCCGGCUAGAUCUAAUGUAUGGGGUUAUUCUACAAAAAUAGGCGAUACAGUUCAACUUACUAUUAGCAAUAACCAACAAUUUUCCAAGACCGUUGAAACAAAGGUUGUUAGCGGGCCAGAAGGUAAAGGAACAUGGAAAGUAACACUACCACCAAUAUCUGCUGGUGGUCCAUACCACAUCUCUGUUAAAUCAUCAUUAGCUACACUUUCUAUUACUGAUGUUUUAUUUGCUACACUUUCUAUUACUGAUGUUUUAUUUGGUGAUAUUUGGAUUUGUUCUGGUCAGAGUAAUAUGCAGUUUACAUUAUCUAUGGUAUUUAACGCAUCUUACGAAAUCGAAGAUGCGAAGAACUAUCCCGAUAUAAGGUUAUUUACAGUUGCCAUGGAAACAGCCACCACACCUCAAUAUGAUUUUAUAAGUGUUGAAGAACCUUGGUCGGUAGCUUCACCAGCUAGUGCUGGAAAUGGAAAUUGGACCUAUUUUUCUGCUGUAUGUUGGUUAUAUGGUAAAUAUUUGUACCAGACAUUAAAGAGACCAAUUGGACUCAUAGCAUCUGACUGGGGUGGUACUGCCGUUGAAACAUGGUCUUCACCAGAUGCUUUGAAAAGCUGUGGCAUAACAGAGGAACCAAAAUCCAUAUCAAAAUCAAAAAGAGCCACACCAACUGCCCAUUCUGUAUUGUGGAAUGCUAUGAUACAUCCGAUGUUAAAUUUUACAAUUUACGGCGCUAUUUGGUAUCAAGGUGAAGCUAAUGCUGGCAAUCCUCUUGGUUAUAAUUGUUCAUUUCCUGCUAUGAUUGAUGAUUGGAGAUUAAAGUUUAGUUCAGCAUCUGAAUAUACCACCAGCCCUAAAUUUCCUUUUGGAUUCGUCCAGCUAGCUGGUAAUGCUAAUGAUCCAACUGUUUCGACAGGAUUUCCAGGAAUAAGAUGGUCCCAGACUGCCAGUGUUGGUUAUGUUCCUAAUUCUAGAUUAGAAAAUGUUUUCAUGGCUGUAGCAAUGGAUCUACCAGACUUUAAAUCACCAUUUGGCAGUGUCCAUCCACGAGACAAACAAACUGUUACUAGUCGGUUAGUGUUAUCUGGAUUGUCUGUUGCCUAUGGUUAUGCCAAAAACUUCCAAGGGCCAUUUCCUUCAAAUAUUCAAGUCACUAACCAGAAAUCAACCAUUGUCAUCACAUUCGAAAAGGUCCAGAACAAAUUAGAAAUUCAAUCCAACUCUGGAUUUGAGGUUUGCUGUAGUUCAUCCUCUGAUGCCAGUGUUUGUGAUCAAGCAUCUUUAACCCCAUGGAAGCCAGCACCUAUGUCAUCUUACACAGCUAAUACUGUCAGUCUACAAAUACCAUCUAGUUGUAAUGGGUUAAAUCUGUUGUAUUUACGGUAUGCCUGGAGAGAAUCACCGUGUGAUUAUAAGAAAUGUGCUGUUUAUAGUGGUGGAAACAACUUGCCUGCUCCUCCAUUUAAGAUGCCUUUGAACUCCGUGGUCUAG